AUGAACUACGAGAACUUACAUGCAGCUCUGGGAGUAGAGACUGAUGAUGAAGGAGUAGGGACUGAUAUUAAAGUAGUAGGGACUGAUGAUAAAGGAGUAGGGACUGAUGUUAAAGUAGUAGGGACUGAUGAUGAAGGAGUAGGGACUGAUUAUGAAGGAGUAGGGACUGAUGAUGAUAGAGUAGGGACUGAUGAUGAAGGAGUAGGGACUGAUAUUGAAGUAGAAGCAUAUGAUAAUGGUGUAGGGACUGAUAUUGGAGUAGUAGGGACUGAUAAUAAAGGAGUAGGGACUGUUAUAGAAGUAGUAUGGACUGAUGAUGAAGGAGUAGGGACUGAUUAUGAAGGAGUAGGGACUGAUGAUGAUAGAGUAGGGACUGAUGAUGAAGGAGUAGGGACUGAUAUUGAAGGAGUGGGAACUGAUUAUGAAGGAGUAGGGACUGGUUUUAAAGGAGUAGGGACUGGUUUUAAAGGAGCAGGGACUGAUGAUGGAGUAGGUACUGAUGAUGAAGGAGUAGGGACUGGUUUUAAAGGAUUAGGGACUGAUGAUGAAGUAGUAGGGACUGAUGAUAGAGGAGUAGGGACUGGUUUUAAAGGAGUAGGGACUUAUGACGGAGUAGGUACUGAUGAUGAAGGAGUAGGGACUGAUUUCAAAGAAGUAGGGACUGGUUUUAAAGGAGCAAGGACUGAUGAUGGAGAACGUACUGAUGAUGAAGGAGUAGGGACUGGUUUUAAAGGAUUAGGGACUGAUGAUGAAGUAGUAGGGACUGAUGAUAAAGGAGUAGGGACUGGUUUUAAAGGAGUAGGGACUGAUGAUGGAGUAGGUACUGAUGAUGAAGGAGUAGGGACUGGUUUUAAAGAAGUAGGGACUGGUUUUGAAGGAUUAGGGAUUGAUGAUGAAGUAGUAGCGACUGAUUAUAAAGUGAUAGGACUGAUAAUGAAGUAG